UAAAAGGGAAGAUUAUCUCGUUGCAGGAUGCAGAAAAAUCGCAUUUUUCAGGUCAAUUAGAUCAUUCUAGAACAAGAUCGUGAAGCCCCUUAUAAAAGGAAGCUCAGAACCCACCAUCAUUCCCCACAGCCGUUUCUGCGUUUAGGUUUUUGAGAGAGAGAGAGGAGAAAAGAAGAGAAAGUAGAGCGAAGCGAUCAUGGUGAUGAAGGUCCAUGGAGCCGUCCUCUCCACCGCGGCGAUGCGGGUCUUCGCCACCCUCUACGAGAAGGACCUCGAGUUCGAGUUCGUCCCCGUCGACAUGGGGGCCGGCGAGCACAAGCAGGAGCGUUUCCUCGCCCUCAACCCUUUUGGUCAAGUCCCGUUCUUUGAGGACGGUGAUUUGAAGCUAUUCGAAUCAAGGGCAAUUACUAAAUACAUAGCUCAUCAAUACAAGGACAAGGGCACUCAGCUCGUGUGCGAGGGCAAACCCAUGGCGACUGUGAGCAUGUGGAUGGAGGUCGAGGCCCACCAGUUUGACCCCGUGGCGUCGAAGCUGCAGUGGGAGAUCGUGUACAAGCCGAUGUUCGGCAUGGCUACGGAUGCGGCGGUAGUCGAGGAGAACGAGGCCAAGCUCGCCAAGGUCCUCGAUGUCUACGAGGCCCGGCUGAGCCAGUCCAAGUACUUGGGCUGCGACUGCUUCACCCUGGCCGACCUUCACCACCAGCCGGCCCUGACCAAUCUGAUGGGGACCCAGGUGAAGAAGCUGUUCGAUGCUCGGCCCAAAGUGAGCGCAUGGGUGGCCGACAUCAUGGCCCGUCCUGCUUUGGCCAAGGUUCUUGCCAUGAGGAACCAGAAGUAAAGCAAAGCGCUUGGGCGGCCGACAUUUGACCUUUUCUACCCCCUUUUAUUUGUUGUGCGAGUCUGUAAUUGCGUCCUUCCUUUGGCCAAUGUUUCAUGUGGGAGUUGGAUGAACUUUUCGGGCUGGGCUGUCUUCAAUCAUCGAAGUUGGAGAUGAUGAUGAGGCUGGUGUUCUGUGAUUGUCUUAUCAUGAUCAAUAAAGAUUUGGACGGGUAGAAUGUUAAUGUUU